AUUCCUUGUUUAACAAAGCAACAGUUAAGAAUGCGCGGUCUACUCUCUCUAUUCCUGAUCUGUAGCUGUCUUGAAUACAGUCUAGCUGUCAUGUGCUGGCAGACAAGCAGCCUCAAUACAACUGAUGAAAGACUCAUCUACAACAGAGAAACAGCUGGACCGAUUGUUGAGAGGAACUGUACUGGACUCAAGCCUCGGUGUGUUGGCGUCAUGUACAGGGUUGUAGAUCAGUUUAUGUACACUGGAGGUUGUACAGAUGAAGUGGCAAUGGCCCCAAUGGAAAUGAAAAAGGGACGAGGCAUGUACUGGAAGAUAGUUUGUGAUACAGAUUAUUGUAACAGUACAUCAACCAUCUUCCCUACCAUCCUCUUCAUGACCUUGGUUACAGGGUUCAGAGGAUUCUUUAUGUAAACCCCUCUCCUCCCUACCUUCCUCUUCAUGACCUUGGUUACAGGGUUCAGAGGAUUCUUUAUGUAAAUCCCUCUCCUCCCUAUAACCUUCCUCUUCAUCACCUUGGUUACAGGGUUCAGAGGAGUCUUUAUGUAAACCCCUCUUCUCCCUACCUUCCUCUUCAUGACCUUGGUUACAAAGUUCAGAGGAUUCUUUAUGUAAACCCCUCUUCUCCCUACCUUCCUCUUCAAGACCUUGGUUACAGGGUUCAGAGGAUUCUUUAUGUAACCCCCUCUUCUCCCUACCUUCCUCUUCAUGACCUUGGUUACAGGGUUCAGAGGAUUCUUUAUGUACACCCCUCUUCUCCCUACCUUCCUCUUCAUGACCUUGGUUACAGGGUUCAGAGGAUUCUUUAUGUAAACCCCUCUUCUCCCUACCUUCCUUUUCAUGACCUUGGUUACAGGGUUAAGAGGAUUCUUUAUGUAAACCCCUCUUCUCCCUACCUUCCUCUUCAUGACCUUGGUUACAGGGUUCAGAGGAUUCUUUAUGUAAACCCCUCUUCUCCCUACCUUCCUCUUCAUGACCUUGGUUACAGGGUUCAGAUGGGUCUUUAUGUAAACUCCUCUCCUCCCUACCUUCCUUUUAAUCAUCUUGGUGAUUAAUUAAACCAAAAAUGGAAAUGACCCAUCGUAAAAAAACAUGCCAACGAAACUUUUUAAAACUGAAGACUGGAAAAAUCAAACAGUUAAAGUUGCAAAAUAUCUUUUUAAAUUUUGAAUUUCUUUAGAAAUUUAAAAAAUUAAAUUAAUGGUUUUCUAUCUCUCUAUGUAUUUUCACAAACAGCUUUUUGCUUCAAGUCAAAAAUAUUCAAAUUUCCCACAUUUUGUUUCAUAUCACGUUAAAUACACAAGCUUUAAACAAAUUUUAUAAAUGUGAACAUUUAAUGUUAAAUUGGCAAUAAAUUAAUAAUUUUU